CUCAUGUGUGGAAUGAAAUAAACAUAUACAUGUUGGUAUUUGCUAAGAGAUAUAAAACAAAAAAUAUAUAUAAAUGUUAAUUUGUGCCUUCUAAUGACCCUAAUUAUCGUAUAUUAUUAUAAUUUUGAAAUGUAAAGCCAUAUUUCAUUUGUCUGUUCUUUAAUUUUAUUUAUAGUGGAAUCUGGCUUAUAACCUCAUUAAUGUGUAAGUAAAAAUACGCUUGUGUAUUAUUUGUAAAUGCUGUACUUUAAAAUCAAUAUGGCGUCUUAGGUUGUAUUCCGGCGUCUGGUUACCUAUUAGGGAGUUGUUCCUAUAUUUAUUAUCUUGCUUGUGCUUUUAUAUAAUUAUUGUUGGACUAAUAUUUUCCUAAGUUGAGCUUCGUCCUUAUUGAACAGUAAUGGGUGAAGACCAAAAAGAUCGUGAUAAGGACAGAGAUAAGGAUCGGAGGAGGAGAUCAAGAUCAAGGGAUAGAGAUCAUAGGAAACGCUCCCGUUCACGCAGCAGAGACCGUAGAAGUAGAAGCAGAGAUAAUAAACAUGAGAGGAAACGAAGCCGUUCAAGGUCUCCAAGAAAGAACAAAGGUAGAAGAAGGAGGCCUUCUUUGUACUGGGAUGUCCCUCCUCCUGGUUUCGAGCAUAUUAGCCCUCUACAAUACAAAGCUAUGCAAGCUGCUGGCCAGAUACCUGCUAAUAUAGUCGCUGAUACACCUCAAGCUGCAGUACCUGUCGUAGGUUCUACAAUCACUAGACAAGCUAGAAGAUUGUAUGUUGGAAACAUUCCAUUUGGUGUCACAGAGGAUGAAAUGAUGGAGUUUUUUAAUCAGCAAAUGCAUCUUUCUGGCUUAGCACAAGCUGCAGGAAAUCCCGUAUUAGCUUGCCAGAUCAAUCUUGACAAAAAUUUUGCUUUUCUUGAAUUCAGGUCAAUAGAUGAAACUACACAGGCUAUGGCUUUUGAUGGUAUUAACUUCAAGGGACAGAGUCUGAAAAUCAGACGUCCUCAUGAUUACCAGCCAACUCCUGGUAUAGCAGAUGGGUCAGCCCUCAAUGUCCCAGGUCUGUUUUCUAUUUCGCAACAUGAUCACAGUGUUAUAAGUACAGUAGUACCAGAUUCGCCACAUAAAAUUUUUAUUGGAGGUCUUCCAAACUAUCUUAAUGAGGACCAGGUCAAGGAGCUUCUGAUGUCAUUUGGUCAACUAAGAGCUUUCAAUUUGGUGAAAGAUUCUGCGACUGGUUUGAGCAAGGGGUACGCAUUCUGUGAAUAUGCUGACAUCAUAAUGACCGAUCAGGCGAUUGCUGGUCUUAAUGGUAUGCAGCUUGGUGACAAGAAAUUAAUAGUUCAACGUGCCAGUGUUGGUGCAAAGAAUACAAUAUUAGGCCAACAGUUACCUGUUACUAUCCAAGUGCCAGGUCUCAACUUGGUGUCUGCUUCAGGCCCAGCUACUGAGGUACUUUGUCUAUUGAAUAUGGUCACUCCAGAUGAGCUAAGAGAUGAAGAAGAAUAUGAAGAUAUCCUGGAAGAUAUUAGAGAAGAAUGUAACAAAUAUGGGAUUGUUAGAUCUUUGGAAAUUCCAAGGCCUAUUGAAGGAGUCGAAGUACCAGGCUGUGGAAAAGUGUUUGUUGAGUUUAAUUCUAUAAUUGACUGUCAAAAGGCUCAGCAAGCUCUGACUGGUAGAAAGUUCAACAAUCGGGUGGUUGUAACAUCUUACUUUGAUCCAGAUAAAUAUCAUCGUAGGGAAUUUUAGUCAUGGGACACUCCUUCAUACCUCUACAUUUAUUACUGUUAUUAUUAUUAUUAUUUUUUUUGUCUUGUUUUGUUUUCAUCAAGAUGUCUGUUAAUGUCUUAUAUUGUAAGCAGAGGCUUAAAAAUAUUUCUGAUGUAAUAUCAGUGCAAAUAGACUUAAAAUAUUUAUUUUAUUUUGUCCGUUUUUAAGAACAAAAUGUGUGUUUUUAUUAAAAAUAUAUUUUAAGGAUAUAUGAGGUCCAUUAAAGUAAAUUUUUGUAUUAUUAAUGGAAAUUCUUUACCUUAGUUUUAUGAACAGUAAUUUUUAAGUUGUACAUAAUAUAUAAUGUGUUAUAUAGAAAUGUUUAUGAAUUAUUAUUAGCAUUGGUUUUAUUCAAACAGUUCUUUUGAACUGCCCCAACA